AUGAUAAUAUUGUACAUCCUUUACUCUUCCAAUCUUCUUUUAUUAACCAGUGAAAAAAGAAGUUGUUCCACUGCUGUUCGAUUGAAUGCAGCCACUGAUGAACAACUUGCGAUGAUGGGUACUGGUAAUAUAUCCAGAAGUACAUCAAUCACUGGAAAUGAAGUUUCCCACGGGAAAAAAAUUGUCAAAAAAAGAAAGGAGGAAGAAGAACAAGAGGAGGAAGAGUUGUCUGUUGAUGAGUUAUCUCAAAGACAAGACACGGAGACUAAACACAUUGUUUUCGGGAUAGCAGCUUCAACAAAUUUGUGGGAGAUAAGAAAAGAUUACAUCAAGGUUUGGUGGAAGCCUAAUGAAACAAGAGGGGUAGUGUGGCUGGAUCAAAAAGUGGACAUACAACCUGAUGAUGAAUUACCAGAGAUUCGAAUUUCAGCAGACACAACAAAUUUUAAGUAUACAAAUCGUCAGGGGCAGAGAUCUGCUUUAAGGAUAUCAAGGGUGGUGACAGAGACAUUGAAACUUGGGUUGGAGGAUGUGAGAUGGUUCAUGAUGGGAGAUGAUGACACUGUUUUUAUAGUUGAUAAUGUGGUUAGAGUUCUUUCUAAGUAUGAUCAUAACCAAUUUUAUUAUGUUGGAAGCUCCUCGGAGAGUCAUGUUCAGAACAUACAUUUCUCUUAUGGUAUGGCUUAUGGUGGUGGAGGAUUUGCUAUAAGUUACCCUUUGGCUAAGGAGCUUGCAAGGAUGCAGGAUAGUUGUAUUCAACAUUACCCUGCUUUGUAUGGUAGUGAUGAUAGAAUGCAAGCUUGCAUGGCUGAGCUAGGCGUUCCAUUAACCAAGGAAGCAGGGUUUCACCAGUAUGAUGUGUAUGGAGACCUAUUAGGCCUUCUAGGAGCACAUCCGGUGGCACCACUAGUGUCAUUGCACCACCUCGAUGUAGUGCAACCGAUAUUUCCAAAGAUGGACAGAGAUCAAUCUCUGCGGCACUUAAUGAAAUCUGCAAAGCAAGAUUCAGGUAGCAUAAUGCAACAAUCAAUUUGCUAUGAGCAUAAAAGAUAUUGGUCCGUCUCUGUUUCAUGGGGUUAUGUGGUUCAGAUUUUAAGGGGAGUGCUGUCCCCUAGAGAGUUAGAGAUGCCAACAAGAACCUUUCUUAAUUGGUAUCGAAGAGCUGAUUACACUGCAUAUGCAUUCAACACUAGGCCUGUAACUAAGCACCCUUGUCAGAAAGCAUUCCUUUUCUAUAUGAACAGAACUCGAUACGAUCCAGUUAAGAAGCAAAUUAUUGGUACUUACUAUCGUUACAAAUCUAAACCUCCUACUUGCCGGUGGAAAAUGGACUCACCAGAGGAAAUUGAUUCCGUUAUAGUUUCAAAAAGACCAGAUCCACUUCGUUGGCAAAGGUCACCAAGGAGGGAUUGUUGUAGAGUUUCGCGUUACUCGCGUAAGGGAUCAACUAUGUACAUAUGGGUUGGCAACUGUCGAAAGGGAGAGGUUAGUGAGUUGAUCCCUCAAAGUGGAAGUUGAGCUUCCAAAUUCCA